AUGGCGCCAAGCAUUGAGGUUUCGUACCCCGCAGCAGCAGCCUCCGACCUUCUCUCCUCCACAAACCUCCCAAAAUCCACAAUCAACCUCGAGAUCCUCGAGAUUCCUCCAGAAACCGACCAUGACGACUCCUCAUCCUCCUCUGACUUGACUCUCGAUCAUGAUCCCCUAGCCACCGAACGCUCCCGCCUCCGCCAGCACCUCGGCCUCGAUUCCGCACACUCCCCACAGACACAACCCCUCUUCUUCGUCGAGCGAGUCCCAGACACAAACACAGCGUCGGUAUCAUGUAACCUCCCAGGAUGCACAGCGGGAAUCAAUCCCGGCGCGCUAAGGUUGGCCCUGAACCCGGGAAUGGGCGGAGAGGCCUGGUUUCGGUCGUCUUCCGACUACUACCACAUCUCCUGCUUCGAGCGCCUCGCCGACUUCACGCAAUCCGCAUACCUGAACCGCCUUGUCCCGCUGACGCGAAACACAUUCAAGCUCCGCGGCUUGAAAGCAUCCUCAGUCUCCGACGGCUCAUACCUACUACCCGGCGGAGUGGAGCGGCUUAUACUCGAAUGGAAAGUUCGACGAGGCAUGGAGAUCGAUAAACGCGAUGGGGUGUUCAAUCCGUCCUACUACGAGCUGGACCCCAGUGUGCGGGCACUGCUGUACGAAGCGGGGUCUCGGGGAUAUUGGCCAACCGGACGUCCGGCUGGAUUGGAUAUGUUCGAGUACUAUACGUUGGCUAGGACGGUUGCCGUGAAUGAGGUCGGAAAGGGGAAUGAGGAGUGGAAUCUGUUCGAUGCGUUUCUCGACGAUAAAGACGAAUGCGGAGGGAGGCACGACUUGAGUGAGAUGUUGGGGAGAUGGGAUAGGGGGAUGGUACUCGCGUCCGCUGCGGAGAAGAAAGACCUCGAAGCGCAAGAUGUCCUCAGUACGAUUGCGAUCAGAGCGAUCAAGCGACUUUCAACAGUUCCUGUGCCGCAGGUCGGGUAUAACAGGAUUUGGUCGUAG